AUGUCCACCACAUACAGACACCAAGCACGCGCGAGAAAGGUUUUCAAGAUCUACUUGAAGGACGGGUCCGGGGGCUGGUUCCUGCCGGUCGUGCUCGUGAUUGCCAGCGUCCUCACCCAGGCCGUGACGAACGUGUUCGACUGGUGGCUGUCCUACUGGUCCGACAAGUUCCUGGAGGACGGAGCGACUGGAUCGUGGUACCAGUACGUGUACGCCGGGCUCUGCAUGUCGGUGGUGGCGCUGUACCUUAUCAGGGCGCUCCUGUUCGCGACGCAAGCCGUCAGGUCCUCCCGCCACCUCCACUCCGUCCUGGUGAAGGGUGUCAUGCGCGCCCCGGUGUCGUUCUUCGACACGACCCCCGUCGGGCGUGUGCUGAACCGGUUCACGAAGGACAUGGACUCGAUCGACCUGCUGCUCCCUCGCAACAUCCCGCAGAUGCUUUACCGGCCGGUGAACCGCGACCUGCAACGCCUGGAGAGCGUUUCGCGAUCUCCCAUUUUCGCGCAGUUCUCCGAAACCCUCAACGGCGUCUCCACGGUUAGGGCGUACAACCAGGAGGGCGAGUUCAUCAACCGCAACAACGCUCGCCUGAACGACAGCUCGACGGCCUUCUACCUCAUGCACGUGUCCAACCGGUGGUUGGGUAUCAGGCUGGAGGCCAUGGGCACCACCAUGAUCCUCGCAGCGGCUCUGCUGAUCGUGUUCAGCAAGGGCUCCGGGGGCAUCACCAUCAAGGGAGGCGUCGCCGGCCUCGUCCUUACCUACACCCAGCAGGUGACUGGCUACCUGACGUGGACGGUGAGGAUGGGCUGCGAGAUGGAGGCUCGCAUCACCGCCGUGGAGCGCGCCCAGGAGUACGCCGACCUAACCCCUGAGGCACCCCCCAUCGUGGAUGACUACCGCCCCCCUCAGGGGUGGCCCGAAUCGGGAGCGGUGAAGCUCUCGGGGAUCAAGAUGCGAUACCGCCCGGGGCUCGACCUCGUCCUCAAGGGUGUCUCCCUCGACAUCAAGGGAGGAGAGCGAAUAGGCAUCGCCGGCCGGACCGGUUCGGGCAAGUCUUCCCUCAUGGUGACCCUGUUCAGGAUAGUGGAGCCGUGCGGCGGCAGCCUGACGAUCGACGGGGUGGACGGGCUGAGGGUAGGGCUACAGGACCUUCGGAAGGCCAUCUCCAUCAUCCCUCAGGACCCCGUGAUGUUCUGCGGGACCAUUCGGGACAACCUCGACCCGUUCGGGCUCAGCGACGACGUGACCAUCUGGGCCGCCCUGGAGGCGGCUCGCCUGGCGCACUACGUGUCCGGAUUGGAGGGCAAGCUCGAGGCCGAGGUGAGCGAGGGGGGAGAGAACCUUUCCCUUGGGCAGAGGCAGCUGGUGUGCCUGGCCCGCGCUGUGCUCCGGCGGAACAAGAUCCUGGUCAUGGACGAGGCCACCGCUAACGUCGACGUCGACACCGACUCGCUCAUCCAGGUGGGCGAGUUCGACACGCCGGCCAACCUGGUGGCCAACCCCGACUCCCUCCUCAUGGCCUUCAUCCGACAGACGGGCGGCGGGUCUUCCCGCCGCCUGGUCGCCAUCGCCAACAACGCCGCCACCAUCACCACCACCACGGACGCCGACGCCGGCGACGAGACGGAGACGAGGGGGCUGCCUGACGUCGUGGUGGCGCCGGGGGCGGCGACGCGUGCCCCGGGCACCCCAACAGCGGCGCCGCGCGCCUCGGGGCUACCCCCCGCGCCGCCGCGCACGCCUCCCGCGCAGCCUGCGACGGCGGCGAGGACUUCUAUGAGGACGGCUUCCCCCCGACCGACGGAAUGA